AUGGCCAGGGGCCCUGAUGACACGUGGAGGUGGGCGACCCUGGUGGUGCUGGCCGCCCUGGGCACAGCUGUGACAGCGACCACCAACCCCGGCGUCGUGGCCAGGAUCACCCAGAAGGGCCUGGACUACGCCUGCCAGCAGGGAGUGGCUACUCUGCAGAAGGAGUUGGAGAAGAUCACAAUUCCCACUUUGUCAGGAAGCUUUAAGGUGAAGCACCUUGGGAAAGGGAAGUAUAGCUUCUACAGCUUGGUUAUUCAUGGAUUCAAGCUUCCCAAUUCCCAGAUAAGACCGUUGCCCCAUCAAGGCCUUGAUCUCUCCAUCAAAGAUGCCAGUAUCAAGAUGAGUGGAAAAUGGAAGGCACGAAAGAGUUUCAUCAAAGUCAGCGGCAACUUUGACCUGAGUGUGGAGGGCAUCUCCAUUUCGGCUGCUCUCAAGCUGGGUUAUGACCCCACCUCGGGCCACGCCACCGUCGCCUGCCCCAGCUGCAGCAGCCACAUCAACAGUGUCCGCGUACGCAUCUCGGGCAGCAGCCUGGGGUGGCUGAUCCAACUCUUCCACAAAAAAAUCGAGUCUUCGCUCCGAAACAGCAUGAACCGCAAGAUCUGCGAGGUAGUGACUAGUGCCGUAUCCUCCAAGCUGCAACCUUAUUUCCAGACACUGCCAGUGACAACCAAAAUAGACAACGUGGCUGGGAUCGAUUACUCUCUGGUUGCACCUCCAAAAGCCACAGCUGAUAGCCUGGAUGGGCUGUUGAAGGGGGAGUUUUUCAGGCUGGCCCACCGCAGGCCCCCUCCCUUUGCCCCGCCGGCGCUGACCCUUCCCACCGACCACAACCUCAUGGUGUACCUGGGCAUCUCCGAAUAUCUUUUCAACACGGCCGGGCUCGUGUAUCAAGAGGCUGGAGUCCUGAAUCUGACCCUCAGCGACGACAUGUUUCCAAAGGAAUCCAAGUUCUUCCUGACGACAAAAUUCUUUGGAACCCUCCUACCCCAGGUGGCUAAGAUGUUCCCUGACAUGAAGAUGCAGCUCCUCAUCUGGGCCUCCUCCCCACCGAACGUCGCCGUGUGCCCCACCGGCCUUGACCUCACUUUUUCCCUGGAUACCCAGGCCGUUGCUGUCCUCCCAGACUCCUCCUUGGCCCCCCUCUUCCUGCUUGAGGUGAACGUGAACGUUUCUGUGGAUAUUCGUGCCAAGUCCAACAGACUUGUUGGAGAGCUCAAGCUGGACAAGCUGCUCCUGAAACUGAAGCACUCGGACAUCGACCACUUCCCGGUUGAAUUGCUGCAGACUAUCAUGAACUACGUUGUGCCCACUGUUGUGCUUCCCAAGAUUAACAAGAAGCUGCAGAAAGGCUUCCCUCUCCCGCUGCCCGCCUCCAUCCAGCUCUUCAACCUGGUGUUUCAGCCUCACCAGGAUUUCCUGCUGUUCGGUGCAGAUGUCCGCUACAGCUGA